CCUCUCCUCAGGUGUGUCAUCAUCACCUUCAGCUGGAGACGGGAGGAUCCUGAGACGGACUGACUAUGUCUGAGCAGCGGCUCCAUACAGGUCCCUUCAUGUGAAUCUACCAUGGACCACUUGCUCUAUCAGAUGCUGGUUCUGGGUAUGGCUGUGAUGAUGGCCCGAGCGUGUCCCAAGUACUGUGUGUGCCAGAACCUGUCUGAGUCGCUUGGGACCCUGUGCCCGGCUAAAGGCCUGCUCUUUGUGCCACCUGAUAUAGACCGCAGCACCGUGGAGCUCCGUUUAGGGGGAAACUACAUCCUUCGAAUCACACAGCAGGACUUUGCCAACAUGACAGACUUGGUGGACCUUACUCUCUCCCGCAACACAAUCAGCUACAUUCAGCCCUUUUCCUUUGGGGACCUGGAAACCCUCCGUUCUCUUCAUAUUGAUAACAACCGUUUAGUGGAGUUGGGCCCUGAUGACCUGCGAGGGCUGGUCAGCCUGCAGCAUCUCAUCCUCAAUAACAACCAACUGGGUCGCAUCUCUGAGAGGGCGUUUGAAGACCUUGCCGCAUCCCUUGAGGAUCUGGACUUGUCCUACAACAACCUUCAGGCUCUGCCCUGGCAUUCAGUCCGGCAGAUGAUCAACCUGCACCAGCUGAGCCUGGACCAUAACUUGUUGGACUACAUUCCCGAGGGGACCUUUGUGGAUCUGGAGAGGCUGGCCCGCUUGGACCUCACCUCUAACCGGCUCCAGAAGCUUCCGCCGGAUCCCAUCUUUGCCAGAGCACAGGAUUCAGAGGUGAUGACCACACCGUUCACCCCUCAGCUGUCACUCAGCAUAGGAGGGAACCCGCUUCACUGCAACUGCGAAUUGCUUUGGUUCCGACGUCUGGAGCGAGAUGAUGACCUGGAGACUUGUGCCUCGCCUCCCGGCUUGAAGGGCCGCUACUUCUGGAGUGUUCGGGAGGAUGAGUUUUUGUGUGAGCAGCCACUGAUUACUCAACACACCCACAGGAUGCUUGUUCUGGAGGGGCAGACCGCUAGUCUACGGUGCGAAGCCAUAGGAGAUCCCACCCCAACUAUCCAUUGGGUGACCCCUGAUGAUCGAUUACUGGGCAACUCUUCCCGCACUGUGGUGUACCGCAAUGGGACCCUGCAGAUCCUAAUAACCACUUCAAAGGACUAUGGGACCUUCACCUGCAUUGCAGCCAACCUGGCUGGUGAAUCAACCGCUUCAGUGGAGCUGUCAAUUAUUCAGCUACCCCACAUAAGCAAUGGCACAGGCCAGGCAUCACAACCCAAGUCCCGUCUGUCAGACAUUACAGACAGCUCAAGGACUAGUAAAGGCUCUACCAAGAGCCUGCCAGAGAAAGCAGUGUCCGUGUCUGAGGUGACUGCUGUGUCUGCCUUAAUCAAGUGGUCCGUCAGCAAGACCGCUCCCAAAGUGAAAAUGUACCAGCUACAGUACAACUGCUCAGAUGAUGAGGUCCUCAUAUACAGGAUGAUUCCUCCCUCCAGUCAGGCGUUCCAGGUGUCCAGCCUGGUGUCGGGGUGUCGGUAUGACCUGUGUGUGCUGGCGGCCUGGGACGACACCGCCUCCACGCUCACGGCCACCAGCGUGGUGGGCUGCGUGCGCUUCCACACCGGCGAAGGGCUCCCGCGGUGCCAGGCUCUGCACGGGCAGCUGCUGGGCGGCACCAUGAUCCUGGUGGUGGGAGGAGUGAUCGUGGCCACGCUGCUGCUGUUCAUCGGGAUCCUCGUGCUGCGCUACAAGGCAGGAGAUGGCGGGAGCGCUGAAGCUGAAGCUCCGGUCAGCAAGCUGAGCGACAGCACUGACUCCUACUCUCAGCCCAACGGAGGACGGCUGGGGCAGAAUGGCGUUCCUCUGCUGCGGCCCAAACCCAAAGCGACCCUGCAGGACAGAGUGGUCCAGUUCAAGUCUGGUUCUCUGCAGAGCAGCUUGUCCUCCUCCUCUUCCUCCUCAGGUUCAGGAGACGCUCCUCCCUACAGCCCCAACAGUACCCUCGCCAGCAUCCUGAGGGCCGCUCCGCCCAGACCCCGGCACAACCUGGACCAGCUGUUGGGGGCCUUCACAUCUGUUGAGCUGCGGGGCCCGUCCUCGGAGCCGCUCCCAUCUGGAGGCCCUGCUCCUACUCUCCCGGCGGUGGAGCCUACGGACCGGGAGCCGCUGCUGGGCCGGACUCUGGACUCACGGAUCAGCAGGUUACUCACAUCGCCUCUGGCCUCCAGACCCCGGAGGAGCCACUCAUUCGACACCGGUGACUUCACCGUGUCCCGCGCACAGCAGCUGCGCACGUACCCGCGGCGGAUCAGCAGCAUCUGGAGCAAACGCAGUCUGUCAGUGAACGGCAUGCUGCUGCGCUGUGACGAGAACGGGGACGGGGACAGCAGCGGGAGAAAAGGCUCCAGCGGGAGCGCAGACUGGGUCAUGGAGAGCACUGUAUAG